CGACUGAAUUUCCGGUGCAGCGCGGGGACUCUUCCUAGUUUUCAAUAUACAAAAAAGUCACAGUUGGUGAAUACUGAAUAACUCUUUAUUCUCUUCGAGCUUCAAGUCCAUUGAUUCCAUGGAUGAUGCUUCAAGCUAUUCUUUCCCUGUUCGCCACAAGAAUUUCUCAGUCCAAAUAAAGGAAAGUAAAGUUGAUAUUGUCAUUUGUAGCUAUGAUGAUCAAUUCUUGGUUAUUGCUACUGAAAUUGGGACUAUGGGAACCAUAAUGCAUGCAAGGAAGGAAGAAGGGAUGUUGAAUACUCCAACUUUUAAUGUAUCUGUGAUAUUUGGUAAACGAGAUGAGCCGAUGCUACUGGCAUGCGCUCGCCAGCUUAUUGAACAUAUAAGCAAUUCUGGUUCUUCAAAACCAUUGACACUCUCACUUGGUCUCAAGGAUCAUUCUAUGGAGAUUCUUAAAGGAAUUGUUUCUGCUGUGAUUGAGAACCGGUUGUGGUAAACCCUACUUGCUUUUCUAACAAAAGAUUUAAGGAUGCUCAAGAUUGAUCUCUGUCAUUAUACAAAGAUGGUUGGUGAAAUACUUGGAUUCUGGGUUUUAUUGAUCUUUGAAAUUUGUUUCUUGGAAGUAAUAUUGCACAAUUGAAUAUGCCAAUGUUUGAGCAAAUCACCAGGAUUUAGAAUUUGUUUGUUUGGAUUAUCAAAGAGUUCAAGUUGCUAAAAUGACUAGUUGGAAACCAUAGAAGGGAUUGAUGAAGCUCAAUCAAAUAACUAAACAAAUUUCAACCC